CGAUUCCGUGUAAAUGUCGGAUAGCUUUGCAGAAAGCGGGCGGUCAAAGUACUUCCAACUAUCGCCACUUUACUUUGCCGGUUUUCACAGGGGUUUAAACUCCCUUUUAAUUAACUACCUCUGGGGCACACGUUCCUACAAAUGUCCCCCCGGAGCCCGUCGGAGCUAAUAUGUCAAGGCGAACGAGCAACGGUUUCCAUUCGCGCUCUGUUAUGUUGGCUACGAGCUAACAUGCUAGCUGGCUAUUAGGAGUAGUAGUAGUAGUGGUAGGGGCUUGAUGCUACCUUAACGAAGGCGACCAUUACGCGGAUCAUUCUUCCCAGACAGCUCGCCGGGACUCGGCGGUAAGGCCACCCGACCGCCGCGGCGUUGACUAUCAAGACGAGGAGACUCCUGGGAUGUCACAAUAGCAUCUACACCCAGCUGAUUACUCAUCAUGCCGCUAGAAAUUGUGGAAUGUUUUCCUUCACAAGAUAAUGCACGUCACGCUGCGCUUGUGUCGCUGAGAUCUCGAGCCCUGACAUCGUGAUUUCUCCCUCCGCAGCCGUUCUUGGAUGUCUUAUCUCGUGUGUGUCUUCCGCUAAGACAUCAACUAUGUGUCUGGUGGCCGCUUCGCUGCGGUAAACAUUGGCGUGAAGUGGUGCGAACAGAGAAGAAAAAACAAAACAAAAAACAAAGAAGGAGAGCCCCCCCAGCCCCACCUCCCCGUGGGACGGGAUAUCUAAAAGAUGGCCUCUGUUUGGAAGAGACUGCAACGUGUGGGGAAGCACGCCUCCAAAUUCCAGUUCGUGGCAUCCUACCAGGAGCUGAUGGUGGAAUGCACCAAGAAAUGGCAACCAGACAAACUGGUGGUGGUUUGGACGCGCAGGAGUCGGCGGAAAUCCUCCAAGUCUCACGGCUGGCAGCCUGGCAUCAAAAACCCCUACAGAGGUGUGGUGGUGUGGCCCGUACCGGAGAACAUUGAAAUCACAGUCACUCUCUUUAAGGACCCUCACGCAGAGGAGUUUGAAGACAAAGAGUGGACGUUUGUCAUUGAAAACGAGUCCCCAUCGGGCCGUCGUAAGGCCCUGGCCACCAGCAGCAUCAACAUGAAGCAGUACGCCAGCCCCAUGCCCACGCAGACUGAUGUCAAGCUCAAGUUCAAGCCGCUGUCCAAGAAGGUGGUCUCGGCCACGCUGCAGUUCUCCCUCUCCUGCAUCUUCCUGCGGGAGGGCAAGGCCACUGACGAGGACAUGCAGAGCCUGGCCAGCCUGAUGAGCAUGAAGCAGGCCGACAUCGGCAACCUGGACGACUUCGAGGAGGAGAACGAAGACGAUGAGGAGAACAGGGUCAACCAGGAGGAGAAGGCGGCCAAGAUCACAGAGAUAGUAAACCAGUUGAACGCCCUCAGCUGCUUACAUGGCGACGACGAUGACGAUGGCAUCGGCGCUCCUAAGCGAGCGUGCAAGGCGGCCGCUAAGCCUGCCACUUCCUCGCAAGAGCUGAUCAACAAGCUGAACUUCUUGGAAGACGAGGACCGCGAGACACACCCGGCCAUGCACGCCAACCCUUUCGACGAGCCCGAGGAGCACCUUCCCGAGGCCAACCACCUCAACCCGUUCGGCGAUCCCGAUGAGGACGAACCUCCUGAGCAGCUGCCGGCCUCGCGGGUUGACGAAUCCCUCUCCGACGCCUCCAACCCGUUUGCUGAACCCACAGAGGAGUCACGUGAGUUGACACCAGGAAACCCCUUCGCAGAGCCGGAGCAAGACGGAGCAGACGCUCAACCAGAACCAGAGCCCCCGAAGGCCCGGCCCAGGAUAGGGGUGCGACCGGUCGACAUGAGCAAGUACUUGUACGCUCACCUCGGACAAAACGACGAUGAGGAGCUCGAUGAGUCCAACCCAUUUUACGAGCCCAGGACGAGCCCCACGCAGAGCCUCGCUCUCCCGGACGUGGGCAGUAGCCAGAAGAGGAAAGCUCCCACACCACCAGGCUCGUCGGGCCCCGGCCUCAGCCCCGGUGCGCCCGCUCCCAAAGCCGGCCCGGACGGAGGGAAGAAAACCUUGGCAGUUGGUCCCGGUCCGGUGGCGGCGGUCAUGGGGAGAGAAAUUGCCUCCUCAUCCCCCAAGCCCAGCCCGAUCCCGAGCCCGGUCCUGGGCGGGAAGCCCAACGCCAGCCAAUCGCUGCUGGCCUGGUGCCGUGAGGUGACGCGCAACUACCGUGGCGUGAAGAUCACCAACUUCACCACGUCCUGGAGGAACGGCUUGGCCUUCUGCGCACUGCUGCAUCACUUCAGGCCCGACACCAUAGACUACAAGUCGCUCAAUCCUCAGGAUAUUAAAGAAAACAACAAAAAGGCAUACGACGUGUUCGCCAGCCUGGGCAUCUCGCGCCUGCUGGAGCCAUCGGACAUGGUGCUGCUGGCCAUCCCCGACAAGCUGACGGUGAUGACCUACCUCUACCAAAUACGGGCCCACUUUUCAGGCGAGGAGCUCAACGUUGUCCAGAUAGAGGCCAACAGUAGCCGCAGCACCUACAAGGUGGGCGACUUUGAAACCGACACCAACGCCUCCAUCGGGCAGGACAGGUUCUACGCCGAGCUCAACGACGUGCAGCCGCAGCUCGUCGAUGACACCAAAUCCAACGGCUCCAAAACCGCAGAAGUGAAGGUUGAAAUCGUAGCGCCGUCGGCCGGCUCACAAAUAGCGGCGCCUCCGUCCUCGCCUCCUGUCCAGGCGGCCAACGUGACAUUGUCAGGCUCCAGCCUCCUGAAAGCUAAAACCUUGGACCUUUCCGACCUACCGCAGAAGUCGGAUGCCGAAAGACCGCAGCAAAGGAGUCCGGCCAUCACAGAAACUGGGUCCUCCGCCGCCCCAACGGGGGGCCAUGCAUCCUCCGUGUCACCCACUCAUCAGAAACUCGGCUUCUCGUACAACAGGGACGCUGACCUCAUCAAGAAGAAGAGGGCCAGCCUGCGUCACUCCGAGUCGGAGCCCACCUCAGACACCUGCGCGCCUGUCAACCGCACGGAGGCUCAAACCAAACAGGAACCGGCACCCGCCCCUGUUUCAAGUCCUCCUGCUGAGAAGAAAGCCUUAUCCCGCCAGGAAGAGCUGAAGGAGCGAGCCCGGCUGCUGCUGGAGCAGGCCCGCCGGGACGCCGCCAUGAAGGCGGGCAACAAGAGCAUUCCCAACGCGGGUGUCGCCGCCGCACCUGGCAGGGGUGCCAAUGUCUGUGAUGAGAGGGACGCCGAGCGACGGCGGCAGUUGCGUGAGCGAGCCAGGCAGCUGAUAGCAGAGGCUCGAUCCGGAGUCAAAAUGUCCGACAUGAGUUUGGACGUGUCGGCUGGCAGCACCUUGAAGGGCGGCAAGGCUCCUGACUCGGCUGGAGACAUGUUGGAUGAUGGAGAAGAGGGUUGCCAUGGCGAUGAAGGCUUUUAUAGUAAAAAGAGUGAGAACUUCAGUGUCGAGGGUGACACUGUUGACAGCGCAGCCUCCACGUCCGCCCUGGCUAUUAACCCGCUGGAGGCCCCUCUCCCGGCUCCAUCCAGCUGCAGCCAGGGGCCCCCGGAGCUUACUAACCCCACCUCUGAGCGAACAUCCUCGGGAGCAAACAGAAAGCACGUAGACCUGAAGCUGAAGAAACUGAGUGAGGUCAGACCUAGCGCCCUCACCGCCAAUGCCAGUCCUUCAUCCCCGUCCUCCUCUUCUUCCUCCUCUACACCCACUGCCACCUCCUCCUCCUCCUCCGCCUCGCCGCUCAGCCCUACAGAUGGAGCGAAUAAUGCGGAGCAGCUGCGAGCAGAGCGACUGCGCCGCGCCACCGAGAGGCUGCGUAGCCCUGUGGUCUUCAACAAGGACUCUGCGGUCAGGAAGACGCAGCUCAAGUCCUUCAGUCAGUACGUGGACAACAGACCAGAGGUGAAAAGACAGAAGUCUGCUCCUGAGGAUAUGAAGAAGGCCGAGGAGGACGACUGGUCGGAGUCGGGGAUCGACAUCUUUAGACCGUUUGAGGAAGAGAAGGCGUUCAAAGACACCAGUCAGUAUGUGGUGGGCGAGCUGUCGGCGCUGGAGAGCGAGCAGCGGCACAUCGACGCCCGGGCGGCUCGCGUGGAGAAGAGGCUGCGCUAUCUCAUGGACACAGGCAACAACAAGGAGGAGGAGGAGGCCAUGAUGCAGGAGUGGUUCAUGCUGGUCAACAAGAAGAACGCCCUCAUCAGGAGACAGAACCAACUCGCUCUCCUGGAGAAGGAGCACGACCUGGAGAGACGCUUCGAACUGCUCAACAGAGAGCUCAGAGCCAUGCUGGCCAUUGAAGAUUGGCAGAAGACGGAAGCCCAGAAGCGUCGCGAGCAGCUGCUGCUGGACGAGCUGGUCCUGCUGGUCAACAAACGGGACGCGCUGGUCCGGGACCUGGACGCCCAGGAGAAGGAGGCCGAGGAGGAGGACGAGCACCUGGAGCGGACGCUGGAGCGGAACAAAGGCAAGAUGGCCAAGAAGGAGGAGAAGUGCGUCCUUCAGUGACGACACAACAACAUCAAGAGCAACCAGAACAAAAGGAGCGUACGACGUGUGGCGGCGGUGGUUUUUUGUUUUGUUUUUUUCCCCCCCAAUUUCAUGCUUUAAAAGCAAGCGGUACUUUUACGGGGGUUUUGUGGGUGUCGUGAUGUAAACGAGAACGCUCCAGGUGCGAAAAUGUCUUUGUUUUUCUUUGAUAUCUGACUUUGAACAGUGAGGAGGUGGACUUUUUAAAAAGAAAAAAAAAGAGGAAAAAAGUUAUUUUUAUCUUUUAUUCCAUUCACUCUACAACUUUUUACUGUAAAAUAUCUUAAAUUGUUCAGAACUGCAAUUGUUUUUAUUUUAUUUUAUUUUUUUGCUUGAAAGCAAUUUACCAAAAAGAAAAAAAUUGACUUUUCCACAAAACUGUCUUGAACUUUUUCCAUCAUAAAAGCUUGCAAGUCUGCUUUUUUUCUCUUCAAGAGUCAUGCAGUCAAAGUGAGAAAAAAAUAUAUUAUUUAUUGUCCUAUAAGCUGCUUGUAUGUGAAACUCCCAUCACUUUUUUUUCUCCUGUUUGUAUUCGUAUUUAUUGAGCUUUGCUUCCACAUGCAUUUUCUUCUAUGAGCUCUCACAUCUUCACUGUUUUAUUUAUUCCACCGGCUUCAAGACCAACCUUCAAUAAAGUCCUUGUACAUUUCAUACUCCACGA